AUGUCUCUUAAUCGAGUGUCUUAUCUAGAAUCCUGGGGUCAAACUCAGGUCUCGUCCCAUCAACAUCAGAGUCAGCACCAGACCGGGGAUCAGGGGCCGGAAGUUGAUCUGGAGUCAGACGAUGGGAGAUAUCAUGAACUCCCAGAAGAGUCGCUCUCAUCUUCAUUCCAGACCACGUUUAGCUAUCGGCUGAAUUUCAACCCCUAUGCUGGACCAGGCUGGAACCAGCCGACCGGAGAAGAUGCGACUGACGCUCCCACUCCACGGUGCGCAUCCCCUGCGAAUGGGGGGAUGAGUCCCAGGAUUCAAUACUUCCAUGGGGACAGUAACAUCGAGAUUAGACCAGACCCCUUGGAGGGACCCGAAGACGACUAUCCGAUGCAGACUACUGGAGCAUUUGAAGUUGGUCGCACCAAACGAAUCUGCCAGGUCUGCGUGGCGGUCGUAUAUUGCUUUCUUGCCGCAGGGGUCGUCUUUGGCUUCGCGGCCCUGAAGCCCGUCCUAGUUCGAGAAGGCGUCUAUCGCAAUCUAUGUUCGCAAGAUGAACUCGUUAGGAAACAGGAAGUUUGCUACCAACAAGAACUCCGUCUCAAUCUCAUGUUCACCAUCGCCGCGGUGGCUACAAACGUGUCUGCUCUUCCAGUCGGCACGAUUUUGGAUACCUUUGGUCCUCGCGUGUGUGGAAACCUCGGAAGCCUGUGUCUCGUUAUUGGAGCUCUGCUGUUUGGAUUUGCCGCCAGACUCCCCUUUGACGCUUACAUCCCCGGCUACUUGUUUCUGUCCCUGGGAGGGCCGUUUAUCUUCAUCUCGUCAUUUCAUCUGUCCAACACAUUCCCCGCCCGCUCAGGGCUGAUUCUAUCCUUGCUCACGGGCGCCUUCGACGCGUCUAGCGCGUUAUUCCUGGGCUUCCGACUGAUCAAUGAGCGAACAAAUGGGUCCUUCACGACAGGCAGAUUCUUCCUAAUCUACCUGAUCGUCCCCCUGUUCAUCCUCGCUGCGCAGGCUCUAGUCAUGCCGUCCACCUCCUACAAGACGGCCGGAGAACUGGUCCAGCAGGCGGAGGCGUGCCUCGCCGACGAAGCCAACGACCACAUCGACGACGGCAUCCCUGAUCGCUCCGAAGGCGAGCGCCAGCGCAACGACCGCCGCAUGCGGCGCCAAUCCGUCGUGAGCAAGAUCCAGGACCUCCUCGCCGACGACAACACCCAGCUCUUAGCACGCACCGCGCUCCCAGACCCGCCCACCAACCUGGAAGUCAACGCCAACACAGACCAAAUCGCGACUAAGAAAACCCCACCCCCCCACGCCACCAGCGGCGUCUGGGGCGCGCUGCACGGCCGCUCCGCCCUCCAGCAGAUCCGCACCCCCUGGUUCGUCCUCAUCACCCUCUUCACGGUCCUCCAAAUGCUCCGCAUCAACUACUUCGUCGCCACCAUCCGCCAGCAAUACACCUACCUACUCAACCCCGCGCUCGCGCACCACCUCAACACCGCCUUCGACAUCCUCCUCCCGCUCGGUGGCCUCCUCUCCAUCCCCUUCAUCGGCCACCUCCUCGACUCCCUCCCCACCGCACACGUCCUCGCCCUCCUCGCCGCAACAGCAACCGCCAUCGGCAUCCUGGGCUGCAUCCCCGCCCUCCCCGCCGCCUACGCAAACAUCGUCCUCUUCGUCCUCUACAGACCCUUCUACUACACCGCUGUCUCCGACUACGCCGCAAAGGUCUUCGGCUUCCGCACCUUCGGCAAGGUCUACGGCCUCGUCAUCUGCCUCGCCGGCCUCGGCAACUUCGCCCAGCCCGCCCUCGACGCCCUCACCUUCACCCGCUUCGCCAGGAACCCCGUCCCCGUGAACAUCGUCCUGACUGCCGCGACGGCGGUCGUGGGCACCGCCAUGGUCGCGUAUGUCUGGCGGAAGGCGCGGGAGAUGGCGCCGGCGCCGUUGAGGCGGGAUGGCGCCCGUGAGGCGGAAGCGAGCGUGCAGACGCAGGCGUGCGCCGAGGCCGGUGGUGUUGGUUUCCCCGCGAGGGCGGUGGAGUACUCCGGCGUCGCUGCGCGGGACUGGGAGCGCGAGCCGCUGCUGCAUCAUGCGCCGCAGCAUCUAGGGCGGCACGGGGAGGCGUCUUCGUAUGGGAUUUCGAGUGCGCCGUGA